CACCGUUGCCGCCGCAGCCAUUUCUGUCCUCCGGUUAUUGAAGAGCUCCGAACCCUUCCUCCCUUGCUCCAACAUUCGAGUUUCGUCCUCUGCACAUGAGCUCUGCUGCUGAAGAGGAUAAGGUUACCGAUUCCAAUUUCCCUCUGGCUGCAUGAGUUAGCAGGAACUCUGUCACUACAGUUAUUCUGCCUGGCGUAUUUGCUGAGGUUGAAGGAGCUCCAGCUCUUCUUGGUCUGGCUAUGGUCCGAUUCGCUCUCCUAGAAUUCCUCGCUCCCAAUGUCCGCCUCCUCUCCGCCGCCAACGGUGCGGCGGUUGUAUCAUCGCCGCCGCAUCGAAUUCGCUAUCGCGUCGAUGCUCGCCGUUGGCUGACUCCUAGUUUCUCUUCUCCUGCUUCGUGCAGGAUUAGGAAGUUUCAUUCUAGGUGUUCGAAUGUGAAUUCUGAUGUCCAGUUCAACCAUGUGGUGUCUGAUGAUAAGUUCUUCCUCAGCGAGGGUUCUUCGAUUCAGGGAGAUUUCUUGGCCCCAGUUGUACAGCACAAUAGUGAGAUUCUCGAGACUCCAAGCUUUGGAUUGUUGGUGGAAACAACUUAUGCGGAUGGACUUUUGUUGUCGGAUUUAUCCAAACAGGUCAUUUUUCGGUUUCCUUCAGGCAGCUGCUCAGGUACUGUCUGCUAUGAUGAGAAUUCAUGCUCACACGGUGGCUAUAACUUCCUCGGUCCAUGGUUUGUUGUGCUGGUUUUGGCUGCAAGUAUUGAAAAGCUAUGUGGGCUAGCAUUGGGAAUUGCUAAUGAACGUGAUUGGGUUGUGCAGUUAGCUGGGAUAAGUAGGCCCAUUGCACUUGCACAAGCAAAUGCUGUUCUUAGUAGGAUCGACUUGCUUGCAGAGAUAGCAGGCACGUCAAUGUUUGGGGUUCUUCUUUCCAAGUAUGGUCCAGUGAUGUGCCUGAAAUUUUCUUAUACUUUGAUGAUUGGUUCACUGCAGUGAUGGUACUAAUUAACUUUUAUAAAAUUCCUGGAUCAAUUCUUGAGUCCAGUGGUAUAAUUAUUUUGAUAAUUGUUGAUGCUAUUCUCAGAUCGGGCUCACAUAUUUAACAAACAAGUUAUCAAGUGGGGUUCUUGACAAUGCUAGUUCUUCGUAAUCUUUUGGCGGAGACUCCAUCAAUAAUCACUGAUGAGGACA